CCUGCCAACGCCACGCACGGAAUUGGCUUUGAAGAGCAGCGGCGGCAGCAGCUUGGAAUCUCUCGCUUUCUGCUCCACGCAUCCCUCCUCUUAGUUGGUGGAUCUAAGCAAGACACGAGAGCCGGCGAUCGCUCCCGAGGCUGCCCUCUCGGAUGCUCACCAGGAUCCCCCCCCCUUCCUUCCUUCCUUCCCUUCCUCGCUCUGCUCUGCUCUACCUUCUCCCACCACCCUUUCCUUUCUCGGUGAUUUUUGCGCGAAUUAAUAAAUAAAGAGAGAAAGAGGCGAGGGGGAGACUCGAACCCGGCUCGUUGGCGACGGCGUCGGAGCCCGAGGUGCUGCGCUCGGUUCUUGGCAGGGGCCCGGAUGUUCUCUGAGGAUGCCUGGCGAUUCUAGCAGAGGAGGCUGUAGUGUAAAGGAGCAGGUUUUGGGCUUUGAUGCAGUCAUGGGGAUCAGGUAAUAACCAGACGAGGGGAUUUAAGCGCCGCAGCAGCUCCGGUUCCUUCCUUGGACUGCUCAGCCCACCGUGAAUUUUUAUUUUUAUUUUUCGUUUUGGAGGAAUUAAAAUCUGGACUCCGUUUGGGUCAUUUCUCCCCCUGCGCCCGGUUUCUCAUCUUAAAUGGUCAAUGAAAACAAGAGGAUGUACAUUCCAGAAGAAAACCACCAAGGUUCCAACUAUGCGAGUCCCCGUCCUGUUCAUGCCAACAUGAAUGCCAACGCAGCUGCAGGGCUUGCACCCGAGCAUAUCCCUACUCCAGGUGCAGCCCUUUCCUGGCAAGCUGCUAUUGAUGCUGCCAGGCAGGCCAAAUUGAUGGGUGCUGCUGGCAAUGCAACAAUAUCCACCGCCAGCUCAACGCAGAGGAAGCGGCAGCAGUACGGGAAACAGAAAAAACAGGGUACCACCACAGCUACACGGCCUCCCCGGGCGUUGCUGUGUUUAACACUGAAAAAUCCCAUCCGGAGGGCAUGCAUCAGUAUCGUUGAAUGGAAACCAUUUGAAAUUAUUAUUUUACUGACUAUUUUUGCCAAUUGUGUGGCCUUAGCUAUCUAUAUCCCCUUUCCAGAAGAUGAUUCCAAUGCUACCAAUUCCAAUCUGGAACGAGUGGAAUAUCUCUUUCUCAUAAUUUUUACAGUGGAAGCAUUUUUAAAAGUAAUAGCAUAUGGACUUCUCUUUCAUCCUAAUGCUUACCUCCGCAAUGGCUGGAAUUUACUAGAUUUUAUAAUUGUGGUAGUAGGGCUUUUUAGUGCAAUUUUAGAACAAGCAACCAAAGCAGAUGGAGUGAAUUCAAUAGGAGGCAAAGGCGCUGGAUUUGAUGUCAAAGCACUUCGGGCUUUCCGAGUAUUACGCCCCUUACGGCUGGUAUCUGGAGUUCCUAGCCUCCAGGUGGUUUUAAAUUCCAUUAUCAAGGCCAUGGUCCCUUUGCUGCACAUUGCCCUGCUGGUGCUGUUUGUCAUCAUUAUCUAUGCCAUCAUUGGACUCGAGCUCUUCAUGGGGAAGAUGCACAAGACUUGUUAUUUGGAAGCAAAACCAGGACAACUGGCAGAAGAGGAUCCCUCUCCUUGUGCACCUCACUUAGCACAUGGCCGACAAUGUCAGAACCACACCGAAUGCAGAGCAGGAUGGGAGGGACCCAAGCACGGCAUUACCAACUUUGACAACUUUGCCUUUGCCAUGUUAACUGUGUUUCAGUGCAUCACCAUGGAGGGCUGGACAGACGUCCUGUAUUGGAUGCAGGACGCUAUGGGCUAUGAAUUACCCUGGGUGUACUUUGUCAGUCUGGUCAUCUUUGGAUCCUUUUUCGUACUUAAUCUGGUUCUUGGUGUGUUGAGCGGAGAAUUUUCUAAAGAAAGAGAGAAGGCAAAAGCUCGGGGUGAUUUUCAGAAGUUGAGGGAGAAACAGCAACUAGAGGAGGACUUGAAAGGAUACCUGGAUUGGAUAACUCAAGCAGAAGAUAUUGACCCCGAAAAUGAAGAUGAAGGAAUGGAUGAGGAGAAGCCCCGAAACAUGAGCAUGCCCACCAGUGAAACAGAAUCUGUGAACACUGAUAACGUGGCAGGAGGUGAUAUUGAGGGAGAAAACUGCGGAGCACGACUGGCACAUCGGAUCUCUAAAUCUAAGUUCAGCCGCUACUGGCGCAGAUGGAAUCGAUUCUGCAGACGAAAGUGUCGAGCUGCUGUCAAAUCCAAUGUGUUCUACUGGCUAGUGAUCUUCCUUGUGUUUCUCAACACCCUCACCAUCGCCUCUGAACAUUACAAUCAGUCAGACUGGCUCACUGAAGUCCAAGACACUGCGAACAAGGUACUGCUGGCUCUUUUCACGGCUGAGAUGCUACUGAAGAUGUACAGUCUGGGUCUUCAGGCCUAUUUCGUGUCUCUCUUCAACCGCUUUGACUGUUUUAUUGUGUGUGGAGGAAUCCUGGAGACCAUCUUGGUAGAAACCAAGAUCAUGUCACCACUGGGUAUCUCAGUGCUGAGAUGUGUCCGACUGCUGAGAAUAUUUAAAAUCACAAGGUACUGGAACUCCUUGAGUAAUCUGGUGGCUUCCCUGCUCAACUCAGUCCGUUCCAUCGCCUCUCUGUUGCUGCUGCUCUUCCUCUUCAUCAUCAUCUUCUCCCUCCUAGGGAUGCAGCUCUUUGGGGGAAAGUUUAACUUCGACGAGAUGCAAACCCGAAGAAGCACAUUUGACAACUUUCCCCAGUCGCUACUCACUGUGUUCCAGAUCCUGACUGGGGAGGACUGGAAUUCGGUGAUGUAUGAUGGAAUCAUGGCUUAUGGCGGCCCCUCUUUUCCAGGAAUGUUGGUCUGUAUUUACUUCAUCAUCCUCUUCAUCUGUGGAAACUACAUCUUGCUGAAUGUCUUUUUGGCCAUUGCUGUGGACAAUCUUGCUGAUGCUGAGAGCCUGACAUCUGCCCAAAAAGAAGAGGAAGAGGAAAAAGAAAGGAAAAAACUAGCUAGGACGGCUAGUCCUGAAAAGAAACAGGAGCCUGAGAAACCAGCUGUAGAGGGGGAGACGAAGGAGGAGAAAAUUGAGCUGAAAUCGAUCACUGCUGAUGGAGAGUCUCCGCCUUCUAACAAGAGCAAUGUAGAUGAAUAUCAGCCUAAUGAAAUUGAAGAAAAGAAUCCCUAUCCUACCACAGAAACACCAGGAGAGGAAGAAGAAGAGGAACCUGAGAUGCCAGUCGGCCCUCGUCCACGUCCAAUGUCUGAAUUGCACCUCAAAGAGAAAGCAGUGCCUAUGCCAGAAGCCAGCGCUUUUUUCGUCUUCAGCCCCAGCAACAGGUUCCGGGUCCACUGCCAUCGCAUCGUUAACAAUAACAUUUUCACCAACCUGAUCCUCUUUUUCAUCUUGCUCAGCAGCAUCUCUCUGGCAGCUGAGGACCCUGUCCGUCAUACCUCCGUUAGGAAUCAAAUCCUCUUUUAUUUUGAUAUAUUGUUUACUGUCUUUUUCACCAUUGAAAUUGCUCUGAAGAUCCUAGGCAAUGCAGAUUAUGUCUUCACUAGUAUCUUUACAUUAGAAAUUAUUCUUAAGAUGACCGCUUACGGGGCUUUCCUUCACAAAGGAUCCUUUUGCCGGAACUACUUCAACAUUCUGGACUUGGUGGUGGUUAGCGUUUCUCUCAUCUCCUUUGGGAUCCAGUCUAGUGCCAUCAAUGUAGUGAAGAUACUACGAGUCCUGCGAGUGCUCAGACCACUGAGAGCCAUCAACAGAGCCAAAGGACUGAAGCACGUUGUCCAGUGUGUGUUUGUAGCCAUCCGGACUAUUGGGAACAUUGUGAUUGUCACCACAUUGUUGCAGUUCAUGUUUGCCUGCAUUGGAGUUCAGUUGUUCAAGGGCAAAUUGUACAGCUGCAGUGACAGCUCCAAGCAAACGGAGGCAGAGUGCAAGGGCAAAUUCAUUACUUACAAGGAUGGGAAGGUCAAUGACCCAAUGAUCCAGGUCCGAAAUUGGGAGAACAGCAAAUUCGAUUUUGACAACGUCCUCACUGCCAUGAUGGCCCUCUUCACCGUUUCAACCUUUGAAGGCUGGCCAGAACUGCUGUAUCGAUCUAUUGAUUCUCAUCUGGAAGAUGUGGGGCCCAUCUAUAACCACAGGGUGGAGAUCUCCAUUUUCUUCAUUAUCUACAUCAUCAUCAUCGCUUUCUUCAUGAUGAAUAUCUUCGUUGGUUUCGUCAUCGUCACUUUUCAGGAGCAAGGCGAGCAGGAAUACAAGAACUGUGAACUGGACAAGAACCAGCGGCAGUGUGUGGAAUAUGCCCUGAAGGCCCGCCCCCUGCGAAGGUACAUCCCUAAAAACAAGUACCAGUACAAAGUGUGGUACGUGGUGAACUCCACCUACUUUGAAUACCUGAUGUUCAUCCUCAUCCUGCUGAACACCAUCUGCCUGGCCAUGCAGCAUUAUGGUCAGAGCUGCCUCUUCAAAGAAGCAAUGAACAUUCUCAACAUGCUGUUCACCGGCCUCUUCACUGUCGAGAUGGUCCUGAAAUUAAUUGCCUUCAAACCCAAGGGUUACUUUAGUGAUCCUUGGAAUGUUUUUGACUUCCUCAUCGUAAUUGGCAGCAUAAUAGACGUCAUUCUCAGUGAAACUAAUCACUAUUUCUGUGAUGCAUGGAAUACAUUUGACGCCUUGAUUGUUGUGGGUAGCAUUGUUGAUAUAGCAAUCACCGAGGUGAACCCAGCUGAACAUACCCAAUGCUCUUCCUCUAUGAACGCAGAGGAAAACUCUCGCAUCUCAAUCACCUUUUUCCGACUCUUCCGUGUGAUGCGUCUGGUGAAGCUCUUGAGCCGAGGGGAGGGCAUCCGCACACUGCUCUGGACCUUCAUCAAGUCUUUCCAGGCUCUCCCCUAUGUGGCUCUUUUAAUAGUGAUGCUGUUUUUUAUCUAUGCUGUGAUCGGGAUGCAGGUGUUUGGUAAAAUUGCCUUGAAUGAUACCACAGAAAUCAACCGGAACAACAACUUUCAGACUUUCCCUCAAGCUGUGCUGCUGCUUUUCAGGUGUGCUACUGGUGAAGCGUGGCAGGAAAUCAUGCUGGCAUGCCUCCCUGAUAAGAAGUGUGACCCUGACUCCGUGGAACCAAACAUCUCUCUUGAAGAUACUUCCUGUGGAAGCAGCUUUGCCAUCUUUUAUUUCAUUAGUUUCUACAUGCUUUGUGCCUUUCUAAUCAUUAAUCUUUUUGUAGCUGUUAUCAUGGAUAACUUUGACUACCUGACACGAGACUGGUCAAUUCUUGGACCUCAUCAUCUGGACGAGUUUAAACGGAUUUGGGCUGAAUAUGAUCCUGAAGCUAAGGGACGUAUCAAGCAUCUCGAUGUGGUGACACUGCUGCGUCGGAUACAGCCUCCACUGGGCUUUGGCAAGCUCUGCCCUCACCGAGUGGCUUGUAAACGCCUUGUCUCCAUGAAUAUGCCAUUGAAUAGUGAUGGGACUGUCAUGUUUAAUGCCACCCUUUUUGCACUGGUCAGAACAGCACUGAGGAUUAAAACAGAAGGUAACUUGGAACAAGCCAAUGAAGAACUGCGUGCAAUCAUUAAGAAAAUCUGGAAGCGAACCAGUAUGAAGUUGCUGGAUCAGGUUGUCCCCCCAGCAGGUGAUGAUGAGGUAACUGUCGGAAAAUUCUAUGCCACAUUCCUAAUCCAAGAAUAUUUCCGCAAAUUCAAGAAACGCAAAGAACAGGGCCUUGUUGGUAAACCUUCACAGCGAAAUGCACUUUCUCUCCAGGCUGGUCUGCGUACAUUACAUGACAUUGGGCCAGAGAUCCGACGGGCUAUCUCUGGAGACUUAACUGCUGAAGAAGAGUUAGACAAGGCUAUGAAGGAAGCUGUUUCUGCUGCCUCUGAGGAUGAUAUCUUCAGAAGAGCUGGUGGAUUGUUUGGAAAUCAUGUCAGCUACUACCAGAGUGAUGGAAGAAGUUCAUUCCCUCAGACAUUCACCACUCAGCGCCCUCUGCACAUAAACAAAUCUAGCAACAACCAGGGGGACACGGAAUCCCCCUCCCAUGAGAAGCUUGUGGAUUCCACCUUCACUCCAAGCAGCUACUCCUCAUCAGGCUCCAAUGCUAACAUCAACAAUGCCAACAACACUGCCUUGAGCCGCUUCCCCAGCCCACCAAGGUACCCGAGCACUGUCAGCACCGUAGAAGGCCACAGCACCCCUCUGUCACCCUCUGCACGGAUCCGAGAACCCCCUUGGAAGCUUGGUUGCAAAAGGUCCUGUUCUAGAGACAGCCAAGUGGCUAUUGUUUGUGAGGAGGAGCCUUCUCAGGAAGAAGACACAUAUAAUGAGCAACUGAAUGAAGAAGUUGAAUACUGCAGUGAGCCAAGCCUACUGUCUACUGAAAUGCUUUCGUACCAAGAUGAUGAACACAGACAGCUAACUCCUCCUGAAAACAGCAGAGGGGAAGAUGCCAGACAUUCUCCAAAGAGGGGGUUCCUGCGAUCCUCAUCACUAAAUCGAAGAGCAUCCUUUCAUCUGGAAUGUCUAAAAAGACAGAAAAAUCCGAGUGCAGUAGGCCCACAAAAGACAGUACUACCUUUGCAUCUGGUACAUCAACAGGCACUAGCAGUCACAGGUAUGAGCCCUCUUCUUCAAAGAUGCCAUUCGCCCGUAAGAGCCACUCGAUCAUGUGCCACACCCCUCACUACACCGUGUACAGAGAGUUGGCCACAGCAGCCCAUUAAAACCUUACAGCUUGAUGAAGAGGAAUCCAAUGAGAAACUCAAUAGUAGCUUCCCAUCAAUACAGUGCAGCUCCUUAUAUUCUGAUGGCACUAGCUCUGGCAGUACUCGAAAAGCGAGGCCAGUCUCCCUCACAGUUCCCAGCCAGACUAGAGAGUGUGUGAGGCCAUUUCACGGCAGCGCUAACAGCCUUGUAGAAGCGGUCUUGAUUUCUGAAGGACUGGUGCAGUUUGCUCAAGAUCCAAAGUUCAUUGAGGUCACGACCCAAGAGUUAGCGGAUGCCUGUGAUUUGACGAUAGAAGAGAUGGAGAAUGCUGCAGACAAUAUUCUCAAUGGUAACAGCAAGCCAAGCCCCAAUGGCAACCUCUUGCCUUUUGUUAACUGCAGGGACUCAGGGCAGGACUGUGUGGGAGAGGAAGAAGCAGCAGCCCAGAACCCAGAUUGUAAAAAAAGUCAAGAGGAGUCUAAGGACAGCAGGAUUUAUAUCAGCAGCCUGUAGUUGCCAAGGCUGAAAGUAAUGCUGGUUUUUUAAUUUGUUUCAAUGUUCCUAAUGGGUUUGUUUCAGAAGUGCCUCACUGUUCUCGUGACCUGGAGUAACCAGAACAGCGUUCUUCAUUCGUUUCUGUUGGGACGAGUCGCAGAGUUGGGUGGUGUAAAAGAGCUUUUCAAGAGUGAAUAUACAACCCCAGCAUGUGUCCAUGAAGGAGGAGGAGGAGAGUGAGCUCCCUCCUCCUUUCAGUCCCUGCACAAGGAACAAUGGCUGCUUCCUGAAUAUGAAGGAAAACCUCAGCUUCCUGUGGAUGGCCCUAGUCAAAAGGACACUGCAUCAAACGGGUGUCUUUCAACUUUGCUUGUACAAAAAAAAUCAUUUUGCACAUAUUCUGUAUGAGCCUCAAUGUCUCCAUAAAGCCAAGGCCCUUCUGAUCUGCAAGUGGAAUAGUAGACUUCUGCUGUGGAUCCCUACACUUUGCUGAGGAGGAGGAAGCAGAAGCUGUAAGGGUACAGGAGAUGCAGGUGGCAAUAUUGCAGAAGCUUGUUGAUAGAAAUGCAGAGACUCCCAGGCAGUUUUCUCUGUCAACCAAUCAGAGCUCAGGCAGCCCGCUGUGCCAACUGCUCAAAGAGCAGGAAGUCAGCCAUCUGCAAAAUCGGAGUUCAGGCAACCCGCCCAUUUCGAAGAGAGGUGGUGAUGGGCUUAUGUAGAUUUAUCUUUGUUUUUGCUGUUUGAUAUUUUCUUGAAAGCAUGUUCCAAUUUUUAUUUUUGAAUACUUUAUUUUAUUGUAUUUUAAUUUUUUGAAGGAGGGGGUAAAGGGGGUGUUUACAAAAGUUUUGUAAUCACCUACCUUUUAUUUUAAUUUUUCACCUUUGAUAAUGUUUAAAAUUGGUUUGAUUAUGUUGUACUAUUUAAAAUUUUGUUUUUCUCCAUUGAAAUUUGGUAGAAGCUAAUAAUGAUAUUAGAAAAGUUUUGCCAACCAUUAUGUACACCAGAAUUUGUAAUUUUAUUUGAAAUAAUGGGAAACUCCUUUUUUGUUGUUGUUUUAUAAUUUAAAGAUAGUAGGCAAUGCACUUGAUAUAGUCUUGCACAUAUGAAUGAUCGAUUUGGAUUCUUUUUAAUGCUAGGUUAUUUACGGGUGAGUGAGCAAGUGAGCAGGACUGAGUGAGAGAGCGAAUGCACGCUUGAAAGUGUAUAAGUGCAUACAGUUCUUCACUUCCUGGUUAUAACUGCAGGAGAACUGUAUCUGGGGUCAUUUGAGUGCAAAAAAAAACAUUGUCUCUGCUUCUGAAAGGGGAAUCAGUAACUCUUUGCAUUUUCUGUUCCACAAGAUAUGCAAAAACAAUGCAAUAAUAUUGAUUUUGAAUACAAUUUGUGAAUUGUGUUGGCAUUAAAAUUGUAUAGAAAACCCCUAGGGGAUUAAAUAUACAAAAAAAAGUGAGAAGGAGCUACGUUUCGAUAUAUUCUGUGUGAUGUUUUAUUGCAUUGAUAAUGUUUCUGUUGAAGAAACCGUAAUACUUGAAUUCAGGUCAGUUUCAGUAUUUUUGAACUAUUUUUUUAAAAUGAAUUGCAAUUGUGCCAAGCGAAUAUAAUGAAUUAAGUUUGUUUAAAGGAAAAAUAACAAUUCUUGUAUAUUUUGCUGCAUGUAAAGUAAAUCAUUUCGUAUUUGGAGUGUGCCAAGCUUUACCUUUGAACUUUUAAGUGCUUUUCUACGUGUGGUUGGGGAAAACGGGAUUCUAAUUUUUUUUCUUUUUUUAAUUUGUACAAUGAACAAAGUGUACCUAGUGUAAGUAACUAUUCUGUAACCCACUGACAGGUUGAACGUUAACUGAUUUUGCAUAUCUUGUGUUCACUUUCCUUUUUCUGCACUUCCCUUAACGUGCACGAUAAUGAAGUGAGCUGGGAAGAGUAUCUUGCUUUGUGAAGCUGGGAAUUUUUAUCCAGAUUUCACUCUUUUGCACAGUUUCUCUCAAUAAUUCUCCUCACUAAAGGGUGGCAAAGUCCACACAUCAGGAUAGUCAGGUAGAUCUGUUUGUAUAAGCUGAGCUGGCAUCAGCAACUCUAAGAAAGUCUGGAGAAGAUAACUGAUUUCUUGAAGUAUGGGCAAAAAUUGCUAAUAGAAUGGAUUAAUUAACAGGCUUUACAUGAAACAGGAAAGAACUAUUAAGUCCAAUUUCUUUAGGAAUUAUGCUUCUGCUAAAUUAAAUUUGUAGUUAGAACUACAGAAUAGGCAAAGCAUUGUUAAAUAAUCAGGAUAAGUUGGAGAGGUACAUUGAUAACAAAAAUAAAAUUAAACAAACAAUAAAUAUAAUAUGUUGUCCGUAGGAAAGAAGAACCAGAUGUAUAAGUGUAAGAUGCGGAAGAACUCACUAAGUGGCAAUUUGCUAAGAAGUAUUUAAAUAUUAUGAUAAAUAAAAUAAUAAGAUUUAACACUUUGGUAAUAUGGCUAAUGGCAAAUAUCAUUCCAGGCUGCAUGGACGGCAAAACUAUAUAAAAUACACUGGAAGCAAUAUUUGCUGGGGAUGCUUUGGAUAACAGAUACGUGGCCUCGGCUUGUGCUGAAGUACCUGUCCAGCAAGGGUCCUCAUUGAACAUUUAACAAACCCAAAUGCCACAAAUACUGAAACCACUUACUCUGAAGGCUUUCAAAUGAACUUUGCUAAACUGUUCUAAAGUCAGUGGUUUAUAGCCCCCAAGAUCUUAAGUGUCAGGCAAAAUACUUUCAAAUGUAGGCAGAAAAUCAAAAUCUUUAACAAAGAUAAACCUAAUGCAGCACACCUACUUUUGCAACAGCAGUGCCAACAGAGAUGUUCACUGAUGCAGCUAUGAAACCUCUAUUGAUAUUUAUCCCAUACUUAUCAGUAAGUAAAAACACACACACACUCUCUACUUUAAGGAAUAGGCAGUCUAAUACAGAACUAAAUGUACUUUGCAAUCAAUCGUCUUGAGCAAAUUUGAUUCUGUACUGGAUUGUAGCCAUUAUGCUGUUCUACCUUGUGUCCUAUGCUAGUUGGGAGCCUUAACUCCUAGUCCUAGGGAUUCUAGCAAUGGAGAGCCGUAAUAAUUUACAAAAGCUGUAAGGCUCUAUUGUAAAAUAACAUUAUGCCCAUCAGUUAAUUGAUACUUUAAAAAGAAAAAUGCAAAUCACACAUAAAAUAAAAAUCCAUUAUUAAGAUAGAAAUUGCACAUGUUAUGCUGCAGUUUGUACUUUACGGUUCAGAACUGAGUAAAACAGGGCCAGUUACUCACAAAAAUGCCCUUUUUGCCUUGCUUCUCUUAAUUUUAGAAAAUUGGAUAUAUUUGGAAUUCCCCACUUCAUUUUCUUGUUGGAAUACUUUCUCUAUGAUUUAAUUACUCCAAACUAGCAGCCUCUGUAUUUGUACUCAGUAUGGCCCAGUAACCCUAACCCUAACAUUUUAAUCAAUACUUGUAGCAGCAUGUAUACAUGACCCAAAUCACCCAAUAUUUAUUUAAAAUAUUAUAUCCCAAAUUUCUCCUAAUCCAUGGGAUUCAGCGUGUCUUACCUCACAUUUAAUGCAAUUGCACAAGAAAUAACACUAAGGAAAUAAAAGAAAUAAAAAUGAAUACAAUCACAAAAGAAAGCAAAUUACUCAAACUCCACUGAUAGAACUUCCACAUAACCAAAUGUUAUCAAGGGGCAUUCUAAUGUUAGCUUUGCAAUGUAGCAGCAGCUGUAACAUGAGUUCUUUCUCUGGUAUGAAGGGAAUGCCUGAAACCCCAGCCCAGAGUUACCCCAGUUUUGAGAAAAUCAAUACUGCUGAGGAAUUGGACUCCUCCCACGUGGUCCAGGGUUUUUUUAUAUUACCUAUGUGGUUAGGGAGAAAGGUAUGCUAACAUAGUUCUCAUAUAACCCAAAUAGGGCCCAAAUCUUUUUGAUUCAAUCAGUUAAUACAUUCAUCCGUACGCUCUUAAGUGGCAACUAGGUGAGAUCAACCCCACAGAUCCAUUCCACUAAUGAUAGUGUUGUCCUUCAGCACAAAGCACCUUCCUCCAACAAAAGAAAAGAUCCAUAGGAUCCCAUCAAGUAGCAGACAUGAAUGUGUAAACCAGUCCUAAAAUGGACUAGAAUCCCCACUCCCACAAUAAACAUGCAUUACAAAUGGAAGAAAAUAAUCAAUUUUUUGCAUUUAUUCUUCACUUGUGGGGGAGGGUGGAUAAAUUAAGAUUUAUACUUGUACCUGACAUAAAUUAGUAAGGUCACCACCAUUUGUUCAAGGUACUGAUUAUUACAUGUUCCCUUAUAAGCAUUAAUUCUGGUUAUAUAGGUAACUGCUUAUAUACGGUGCUAUUUUAUUUCUGGUGGUAUGUAAGCAUUUUCAGCCAGAGAAAAGAUUUAAUGCACUCAAUUAUUUAAGUACUAAGGGGCUUUGUCAUAAAGUUGUUGAGAUUAGCAACAGCUAAAAUGUGACUGCACAUUCACAUGAAAGCACUGACAAGAUGGAGGAGGAGCUAAUCAGAUGUUCACUUUUGGGAAGAGUUCGAUCCAGGUUUCCCAUACACAAUGAGUUCUCUGCAACCACACAACAGCUGUAGUGAAUGGCUAUUUUUUAAAAAAGUAAACAGAGCCCUUUGGACCUGAAACACCUCCACAAGGCUCCUGACUCCCCGCUCCAGCCACCAUUUUCUAUGCUGAAAUAGUGUUAAGGGGGAGUCAUUUCCAUUUGCAACAAAAAUGGAAAAGGCAGUAAUAUUAGGAAAAGUUGAAGGUGGCAAGAAAAGAGAAAAACCCAACAUGAGAUGGAUUGACUCAGUCAAGGAAGCCACAGCUCUAAGUUUGCAAGACCUGAACGAGGCUGUUAACAAUAGGAUGUUAUUAAUUCAUAGGUUUACCAUAAGACAGAAAUAACUUGAUGGCACUUAACAUACAUGCACAACUCCACCAUCACCCUGCCAAGUUGUUUUGGUGUGGGAAAUGGCUGGGGAAAGGCAAGAAUCUCUCUCCCCCCCCCCCCCCCCCCCCAUGGGGCAUUAAAGACAAAACAGACUCUGCUUUAUUUUUAACAGCCAUUUCUCACAGCUGCUGUGGGGCUGCACUGGGUUGGGUCCAGGGACCACAUUCUUAAAAGAAGUAAACAUCGAGUUUGGUCAAAAGGAACAACGCUAAAUAAGGAAUUCUGCACACUGCAUUGCACGAUCAAUACGAUAUUACAAGAUCUGAAUUCAUCCAAGGUUUUUUACAUAUUACUGCACCAGAAUGUGUAGUCUCCAUAGAAAUACUAUAUUUCUUGACAAUUAUGAACUAUUCUGUAUACAUUGUCAAUUUGUGCUCAUUAACCUGCAUCACUUGGAGACUAUGCAUACUAAUAUGACAAUGUACACUAUUCCAUUCAUGCCUCCAUCUGUGCACAUUCUAUGAAUGUUCCUGAUGGGUUAUUUAUGCAAAUUUUCAUGUAAACUAGAACAUAUACAUACCAAGUAGAUUUAAACACUUUCUUUUAAGUUUUAUAAUUUCUGUUGAACAGACGUGCAUAGAAUGGUCUACUGUUAGUUUUAAUGGAAAUGUACAGAAUCUAUGGGCACCUUCUUAUUUCUAGACACAGAAUUGUGAGUGCUCAGAACCCGUGACAAAGAAGCAAUUUAUUUAAAGUAGGUCCUUCUGCUAUUAUAUUGGUCAUUUAGGGUAUCAGUUUCCUCUCACACUUAAGUUUGUGAUUGAAGAAAAAGUUUGUUAAAACAUCAGACGAUAUCACUUCCUUCACUAAUGAGUAUGAUUCUAUAAGAAAUCCCACAAGACAGUUGUCAAAACAAUCAUACAUAUGUAAUGUUACUGUGGACACAAAGGUGCCUGUUGGUAACUGUCAACUUGGUAGACAAUAGUUGAAAUCUUGCUGGUGCCAGCACAGUGGUGGGUGAUUGCCAUUUAAGUUCAAAUAUACAGAAAGAAAGAGAGACUGCAAGAGGUGUGAGCAAAGAGCUACUGCCUCCUUCAAGUGGGGCAGAGUCCAGGGCAUGCUAAGGAAGAGUAGGGAAAGGUUUAAUGUUAUAAAAUAUUUUUCCCCUUUGUAUUGGGUUUGCACACUGGAUACAAUCACUGCAUUGCAGAUGGAUGCUUUACUGAAGCUAAAGACUUUGUUUUCUAGAAGGGAGAAAAAACUUCACUCUUGAGUUUAUUCACUUCUGCAGCUCAACAACAGUCUUCACUGCAGACUAAAGACAUUUCUUGCAAAUACCAAGACCUCCAUCUUCCCCCAUUACCUUUGGCCAUUACAUCACUUGCAUUGGAUGCAUUUUUCUUUUCCUUCCUAAUUCUGUGUGGUUGAAAGGAUGGGGGAAAUGGGACUGAUGAUCCAGAGUUGCGUUCCCUUAGCCCCAGAACUUUUCUGCAUUGUCUGCCUCUUCAGAUGAACACAUACAAUGAAGAUGUUGAUGGUUACAAUGAUGCAGAUGUUGCUGCUACUGCAAGGGAUCCACCCUGUUUUAUUAUCCCAACCCCCACUGAAUCGCAAUCUGAAGGAACAGCCAAAGGAGCACUUUGUACAGGACCGUAUCUAUUUCUGCUUUGUUUUCUGACCCUGACCCUAGCCCCACCCCACUGAUGACUAUGAAAACAACCACAACAACAAAAAAGGGCAGAUGCAUUUUUUACAUUUCUUGAUAAUUUCCAAAGCAAUGUAUCAUUGCUUUCUUUAGACUGAUGCCAAUAUAACAGUUGUAUGGGUCUCA